AUGUCAACGGGGACCGUAACGCAAAAGGCCAUGAUGAGUGCCGGCCUCUCGGGGCCGCACAACUACCACUACCAACAACAUCACUUCUACAACCCGGCUCCGAGGCUCUCCGCCCUCGCCUCUCCGCAACUCUCAUCCACCCGCCUCCAAGUUAAGCCAACCAAGCCCUCGUCUUCGUCUUCGUCUUCAUCCUCGUCGAGGCGGUCGUCAGCGGUGGCCCGGCAACAACAGCAACAAAAACAAGCAACACGACAACCGCAGCCCUUGCACCCCCUGGCGACGUUGGUUGCCGUGGUUUUCGACUUCUUCCUGAGGGGCGUCCUGGAUCUCACGAGACCGCCCAGGGAGCUAGUCGGCCUCUUCGUGAGGGGCGUCUUCACCAGCCUGUGCUGGGCCUACCAUGCGCUGCCCAUGCCGGUCGCGAUGGGCAUGUUCUACUACGGGUUCCAGAGCGUCCCCGACGGGCUCCGCAGCGUCGAGGAGUUGCGGGUGGUGCACAGCAGCAGGCCGGCCGCCGGAGCGAUGGCGGGCGGUGCUUCCGGCAUCGACGGUCUCUACGGCCUGGGCGAGUUGGCUGUGGUGCGAUGGGGAGAUUUGGGUCUUGUGUCGGCGUUCUACUGUCUCUCCAUGAUGACGGCGGCGUAUGCGGUCAUGGUGCUCAUGGAGCUGCGCGACUAUAUCCUCGACACCUGGGCGCUCAUCGUCGACGAGGCCCUGGAGGUCAAGGCGCUGCUGCGAGCGGACGAUGUCUAG